CAAAAAAGACAAAGAGAAGCAAAAUUAUGAAAUCCUAUGGGUUCCUGUAGUGGAGGAAACCGAUGAUCAUAAGAUAACAGAUGAUCAGAAGGAGAAGUUCAAGCAUCUGAAAUCAAACAUGCCAUGGUACGUCUUACAGAACCUAUUCGUGAUUAAAGGCAAGAAGGUAUUAGAAGAGAAGUGGCACUACCAGGGAAAGCCUAUCGUGGUUGUCACAAACCCUAGAGGUCAUAUUGUUCACAAUAAUGCAAUGCACAUGAUCUUCGUCUGGAAGAUUGAAGCCUUCCCAUUUCGACAUGAGGACGAAGAAAGACUCUCUCUUCACUGGAAGUGGUUUUGGAAUGAAGCAAACAAAGUUCUUCCAGAUAUUGGGAGAUGGAUUCAAAGUGACGCAUACAUCUUCAUUUAUGGAGGGACUGACGUUGCUGGGACUCAGAGGAUUGGUACGCUGUUGGAUUCCAUUAAGAAGGACCCCAUCAUCAAGCAAGCAGACGCCAUAAUCGAGCAUUUCAACCUCUCAAAGCUUGAUCAAACCUCUGCAACCAAUUUCUGGGUCAACAUCACCAACUCGAUGCUAAGCCGACUUCAAAAGCCGAACCACCAACAAGACACUGUUCUUAAAGAUAUCGAAACCUUACUGUCAUACAAAAACGAGAAAACUUGGGCUCUCCUCAGCAAAGGCCCCGACGUGCUUGUUAUAGGGUUCGAUCCCCUGGUAACGAGCGUACUGGAGGAUUUCGAUGAAUGGAGAGUGAAUGUGCAAGUUCUUCAAGGUUUUGAUAAUGCAUUUAUAAAGUAUUACAAUGAAAAAAGGCUCACGGUUCCUCCUCCUUGUUUCCACUUCCAAGUGAGCAACAUACGAUCAGGAGUUCCUUUCACUGUCACUUGCCCUGAGCCAACUUGUAAGAAGAAGAUCAUGGAAGUUGAAACAGUUAGCUACAAGUGUUGCCAUGGGAUCCAUUCUCACCACGCAUCAGAGAACUUGAAUGGCGAGAUUGGGACCCCACUUUUGAAAACCAAAUGGACUCCAUGA